CAUUUGUGUAUUUUCCUUGACUACGGAAUGGAUUACUGUUCUGUGCCACAGAUCUCGUUGAGAAAUACAACCGAGUUCCUGAACACAGCCUGGUGGAAAUUUACCGAGCAAAACGAGACGGUUUGGAUUGACAUACAAGUCAAGCUCAAGUGCUGUGGUCUUGAGGGUCCCGCAACAUAUCUGGAAUACAUGCGCAAGGUUCACCCUACCUGCUAUACCAAUCAGUCUGAUCUCGCAGGCUCUCUGAUUACCAGGGGCUGCGAAAAACUUUUAAGCGAUAAAUUUUUCCCACUAUACUUGCUGGCCAAUUUUCUCAGUUACUUAGCAUUGGGACUGGAAUACGAAGAAGAUGUGGAAAGUUAA